AUGUGGUAUGCGGCUGCUCUAUGGGCACUCCCAGCAGUCCUGGGUGCAAGGCAGUCCGAAUGUCCUCCACCAUGCACUGCAGACCCCAGCAAGUGGACGCCGUAUAAGACUCUCGAGAGCCUGAAAGACUGCCACCAUCCAGUGUUGCUCGACAUCUCGUCCCACGAAUCCCCCAACGUCCCGGAAGCACCGUUCAGAAUCCACGCCUGUACCGUCGAAGAACACCCCGAUGACCCUGAGGCUGAGUCGAAACUUUUUAUCAAUCUUAUCGAACCGUCAGAGUUAGCGAUAACUGACCCCGAUACAGCUUCUAGCCUCCACGAGCUCAACUUCCUUCUCCACCAUGUGCAAAGCGUCCUGGCUGAUAUCUCAAACGGGGACACUCGAAGUGUCAUUGGGCAUUUCAAUUUUACAACUGUCGGUAUAUACAGCGGGGCAGCGGUUGAUAUGUCCAUGGCCACAUUCAUACUCGAAGCAUUCAGGGCCAGUGAGGAUACCCAGACUCGGAAGGCUGCUGCAAUCCGGGUCUGCGGUGACAGACACGAUUUUGAACAUACGUUUGCAAUCACCGUCGAUACAACUGGUGAUAUGAUGACUGUUCGAAAAGCAGUCGAUUUAUGGACCGAAGCUCACUGCGUGGAAAACGAGACCGUUCUCAAUUUCCGGGAUAUCGGUACUAUUGACAAGCCCAUACGAAUACAGCCACACCCUAUUACGAAGAGAUCCUCAAAAGAGGACACCUGCAAAAUGGAAACAGUCAUACAAGGAGACACUUGCAUUGCUAUUGCCGGACGAUGUGGCAUUCCCGUGGAAGAGUUAUUGAGAUACAAUUCUGAACACGACCAGGAUGGCAAAAACAAUGAUACUUGGUGCACGCUUCUACAGCCUGGCGACCAGCUCUGUUGCUCUGAGAGAGCAAAGACGCCCGUAUCCAAGCCAUCGAGGAACAAGAAUGGUUCGUGCGCAGCAUACGUAACGGAGCCCGGCGACACUUGCGCCUUGAUUGCCCAGAAACAUGCUCUGGAGGAGUCCAAAAUCAGCUAUUUCAAUGACAGGAGGACAUGGGGCUGGUACGGCUGCGACUACAUCCAACCUGGGCUCAGGAUUUGCUUGAGUGAAGGAUAUCCGCCGCUUCCUGAUCCUCGCCCUGACGCAGCUUGCGGUCCAACUGUCCCGGGAACAGUAAUGCCAAUGGAUGGCCAACCUCUUGCCGAUUUAAAUCCAUGUCCCCUGAAUGCGUGCUGCAAUAUCCUGGGAAACUGUGGAGUGUCCCCUGAAUUCUGCAUCAACGAGGUGGGCCCAACCGGAAACCCAGGAACAGCGCCUGCAGACCACAAGGGGUGCAUCUCGAACUGUGGUAUGGAGAUACUUGAGAACUCAGACGAGCCUGCUGAGUUCCUGAGGAUUGGAUACUAUGCGUCGUUCAAUCUUGACCGGCCUUGCCUCAAUCUUCGCGCAGCCGAUAUCCAAGUCAACGAUUACACUCAUAUUCACUGGGCGUUUGCCAAUAUCAACAGUAGCUUCAAGCUUGACAUCAUUGAUCCCCAUGAGCAAUGGGAAGACUUCCUUGCCUUGGACGGUGUGAAGCGGAUUGUCUCCUUUGGUGGCUGGGGGGUUACUAUCAGCACAGUAUUCUAUGAGGUGCUCCGCAAGGCUCUGGACCCGGCGAAUGUCGACGGAUUCAUCACCAACAUAUUGGAGUUUGUGGAACAACAUAACCUGGACGGUGUGGAAUUUGACUGGGAGUAUCCGGGCGUAAGUUUCCUCUACACUGCUCUUACGUUUGCUCAACCAUUCCAGGCCACAGACCUCCAAACCGUGUCGUUUAGAUCGCCUUCAGAUGGCGUAAACUACCUUGAGUUCCUCAAGAAGCUCAAAAAGGCGCUCCCGCAGGAAAAAGACAUCUCCGUAGCUGCGCCUGCGUCAUUUUGGUACCUUAGGGGGUUUCCACUUGCGGAAAUAUGGCAGUACGUCGAUUAUAUCAUUUAUAUGACUUAUGACUUUCAUGGCCAAUGGGAUUACAAUGAGUUCGUUCUACAGGACUGGUGCAAUGGAGGGAACUGUCUACGAAGCCAUGUCACAAAAGCCGGAGUCCCGAAGAACAAAGUGGCGGUGGGGGUGGCCAGCUACGGCCGUGCCUUUGGCAUGAAGGAUGCGGAUUGCACAGGGCCAGAGUGCAAGUUCGAGGGUCCACAGUCUACAGCACUUCCUGGACGGUGCACGAGAACUCCAGGGAUCAUUGCAAAUGCCGAAAUCGAAGAAUUGAUACUUCAGGGCGACAUAAAUGAGUUCUUCUACGAUGCGGGCUCAGACUCGAACAUCCUGGUGUACAACGACACCCAAUGGGUGGCAUUUAUGAGCGAGAGCACAAUGAGACGCCGAGUGGAGUACUAUAGAAGCCUGAGGUUUGCUGGGUACGCGAACUGGGCAGUUGAUCUGACACAUUGGAGUGGCGAUGAUUGA